AUGUCGGGAGAAGCAGAAACACGCGCUCUCGCAUGCGGUCGCAGGCCUCCUCGUGUAGCGCGCGUCAGCAGCGAGGCGGCCGUGGCCCCGAAGACCAACAGCUGCGCCGUCGAGUGCACGCGACGGGACGUGGCCACGGCGACAGACAUCCCUCCGCGCGAGUACGACAACCUCUUGGGCGACUGGAUGGGAGGCCGCGUGCCUCUGAUGGUCGGCGCGGCGCUGUUGACCGCAUUGCUGGUCGCCUCUGCGGUGGCCACCACGGUCGGCAUCAUGAACCGCCACUCGACCGCGGCGCCUGUCGACGAACAACGCCUACGCGACGCCGUCGCUGGAUUGGCUGCCACCGGACCGCUGCUGCCUGGAGCGCCGAUCCCGGAGUCCCCACUGCGGGGCGAUCCCGGCGCCCCGGCUGACGAGGUGGUCACGGAGGCCGCCUGGAAGAGGCCGUCCACUGCGAGCGAACCGAUCUACGGGGAUUCGACCACUGAGCAGCCGGCUGCCGGGUACGGCAACGCAAGCGGCGGCUUCGUGACUGCCGAGAAUCCGCUGGAGCUACCGUUCCGGAGAUCCACGAGACCCGAAUGCGGCGUCGUCUUCUACACUUACUGCCGGAAGCCGCGUCGCGAGUUCGUCUACCAAGCCUCCAUCAACGCCUGCCUGGCGACAGAUGACGACCAGCCGGCGCAGCUCUGCAACCGCGGCCCCAACCGGUUCGCUUCGUGGCGUGAGUGCGAGAGGAGCUGCGUGCUAACCCAGCCGCCACGCGAGGCCUGCCUCGACAAAACGCUGCUACUUGGGUGCCGGAGGCAGGACGUCCGCAGGAGCUGGUGGUGGUUCGAUGGCCGGGUGUGCCUUGCCUGGAACUUCCCCUGGGGUGGAUGCCCGGCCAACGGCAGUGCCGUGUUCCCCACGGCUGGCCAAUGCACGGCCCACUGCACCAACCCGCGCUACCCACCCUGCACCGCGCCACGGAGCGCGCCCUGCGGGAGCGCGCAGUUGAAGUUCCCUUUCUUCGCGGCAGAGGUGCCUUCGUCGGCGGUGCAGGUCGAGAGGCGCUGCUUCAGGCUGACGCGGCGCGUGCUGGAAUCGCACCGGUGCCUGACCGGCGCCAACAGAUUCCUCACGAAGACUGCUUGCGAACUGACGUGCAAGAAGGCGCCGACGCGGCCCUGA